AUGGCGUUUGUGCUACUGAACCCCCGCCAUGACGCCUUUCGACCCAGAUGGCAUAUGAAGAAGAAGAAGAAGAAGAAGAAGAAGAAGAAGAAGAAGAAGAAGAAGAAGAAGAAGAAAGUAAAGAACAGCGAAACAGCCCGUCCGAAAACUUGGGAAUUGAGGAACAAAGCAGAAACAGGUCGCACGUCGUCGCAUCGUGAAGAUUUUCUCGUCCUGGUUGAGAAAGACGGAAGCUAG